UUGGUACCUAAGCAAUAAACAACAAUAAUAAUAUGCCUGGCUCGCCAAUUUGUCUGAAUCAGUGCUGCUGAUUAGGCCUAUAAUACCGAGAAAUACUAGCCUAUGCUAGGGGAAAAGUAGUCUGUAUUUUAAGGAUUAAUUCAUAGUAUAUAAAACGCGUAUUAAACAGUUGAAGAUGAGCGUCAAAGGAAUUUUGGGAGACAUGGACUGGGACGAGGGUCUCAAAGUUCCAGUAGCUAAUGCGGAGAAUAAGAUACUGGAAGAACUUGUACAAAGUAAACAGCAAGAAAUUGUGAAGUUGCAACAGGAGUUAAGUACACAUGAUGACAAAGUCCAUGCUUUGUCCGAGCACUCCCGUAACGUGAACCAAGAGCUAACCCAUACCCUGGGUUUAUGCAAAGCACGCGAGCACCAGGUGGAAACAGAAGAUCACCUGAAGCAGAUUGCCCUGCGAGAAGAAGGUAGACUGAAGCAGGAGAUCAAACGGGUUGAAAAUGACUUGACUGAUAUUAAAGAAAGAAAAAAUAUAUAUGAAAAUACUAUAUUUAAAGAUACAAAGCAACUGGAGGAGCUGAAAUCCCAGAUGAACUGGGACCAACAAGCACUAGAAGCAUGGCUGGAGGAAUCCGCUAGGAAAGACGAAGACUCCAUGACGUUAGCCAAGUACACGCGUAUGGACGAGGCAAAGGUCAAGGAAAUAUCAUUAAGGAUGCAGAAAAUGACUGAUGAGUCGAUGAAGAAAAAGAAGCUUCUUGAUCAUGAGAUGACGCAGACGUUAACAGCCCAGUUAGAACUUGACAAAACAGCAGAGGAAUUUCGCAAAGCUCACCAAGAUAGGACAGAGUUAAUUCGGCAAUGGGAAGCUACCAUCGACCAAAUGCAGCGUAGGGAUCGUGAAAUGGACCAACUUGCCAAUGAUCUUGCGAAUGUAAAAGGUGAGGUUCGGUCACAUGAGGAAAUCGUUAGAGAGAAGCAACAGUUUCUGGAAAAUGAACUGGAAAACAACGAUGAACAGCAAAAGAAAAUACAAAGCACAGAUCGACUAUCAGCUAAGUUACGGAUUGAUUAUCAGGACACAGAAACACAGCGUAUUCAGUUCGCUGAUGAGUUGGAGACCCUAAAGUGUACGGUAGAAAGAACAGCUACAGAUUUAGAAGGAAUGCGAAAAACAGUCACCGAGCUAAAGAGAGAUGUUGAGGAUAAAAAGAUGAGAGUCCAGCAGGCUAGAGAAGUCAACCAGCAAUUGAAUGACAAAUAUCAUCUCAUCAUGGAUGCAUCAAUGACUGCAGAAGAGAACGCUGCCAUGAUGGACCAACUCCUUCAGGAGGAGGAAGACAACAUGAAAGAGUUGGAAAAGGAACUCCGUCACCUGCGAGAGUUGCAGUAUCGCAAAGCGCAAGAACUGUACAACAGCAAAAAGCUGGAGAAAGACACAACAGCAGGGAUCCAGGGAUCAAGAGCUGCCAUCCGUAAUCUUGCAAGCCGCAUCAGUAAGCUAGACCAUGAUUCCUUGAAGCAGCAGGAGAUUAUAUAUAAUCAGGACUUUAACAUUCAGCAACUUGAGCGGAAGAUUUCACGCCUCCAGGGUGAAAGAAGCACUGAAGAGAUGGAUGCCCUGAACGCCAAAAUCAUGGAAUUGACAGACACGUUGGACGUCCGCAACAACACACACCAAUUACUUAGCGCCCAGCUGAAACGACUACAGGAUGACAUAAGGCGAGUGAAGCGAGAUUUAGAGACAAGCGGCAAAGAGAAAGAUGAUCUGACAAGCAAGAUAGAGGAAUUGAAUCUCCACAAUGACAGCUCACAAAGAGUUCUCAAGAAAGUUAUUUCACAGAAGCAGGAUUUGAUGGUUGAUGAAAACAUCUUAAAACUUGAAAUCAAGCGAUUGAGAGAUAUUCUAAACUCAAAAGCAGACACUGUGUUCAGCUUGGAAAAGAGACGACUGCAGUUGGAAACGGCAAUGAAAGAAAGACGUCAGGAGAUAGCCAUCCACAAAGACAUGCUAAAGGCACAAUUGAAGGCAUCUGAUGAAGAGAAGUCUACGGUUAGCAUGGAACUACAUGAACGCAUAUCAAAGAUCGACAAGUUGCGCAAAAGAUAUGAGAUACUGAUGAUCUCCAUGGCACCACCUGAGGGGGAGGAGGACCGUUCCCAAGCCUACUAUGUUAUACAGGCAGCGCAACAGAAAGAAGAAUUACAAAGAAAAGGAGAUGAUCUGGAUGCAAAGAUCAGGAAGUCAGAGAAAGAGAUCAAAGCACUGGAGAACACUCUGAGACUAAUGAAUGGUAGAAAUGAAGUGUACAGGAAAAGUUUCAACAGAGUUACAGAAACAAGUGAAGAGUAUGAGGAAAAGCAACAACUGGAGGAGCAGCUUCGUGCAGUGAUGGACAAAUACAAAUACAAAAGACGUCAGAUACGUGAACUGCAGGAUGACCUUGGUACGAUGAGUAACACACUGGAUAACUUAGUGCGGGAUGAGAACGCUUAUUCUGAAAUGAUUUCUGAGAAAGAAAACAAAACACAACAGUUGAGCAAGGAAUUAGGAGACCAAAAGGUGAAAAUUGAAAGAGUGAAUAAACAAAAUGCAAGAUAUGCAAGAGAACUGAGAACGUCAAAGAAAGUUAAAGGAGAAACACAUGAAGAGCGUGACUUUGCUUUGCGUGAGCUUCGUGAUUUCAACAAGAAUGUGAUGAAACAGAUGGGAGAGGUACUCCACGGCCACCCUGAUCUCACACCAACAGCGCAGAUGCUCUUCUCCCAGGCUGGUUUACCUGCACCCCCACCACCAAGCUCACCCGGCAAAUAUAGCUCUCGUCCUGGUUCCUCUCUCAGUGGACGUAGUGUUGGCAGCCUAGGCUCAGUCAGAACACCAUCAUCCAUACGUAGCGGAGAGUCAAGUCGGGCAGCGUCCAGCAGGGCAGCAUCCAGCAGAGCAAGUGUUGCUCGAAAAGCUACGAUUGACCUCGGAUUUGAGGUCAGCGGAAUCAGCCCCGGUAGAUCACCAUCUCAAACACCACCAGGAAGCCAAAGAGGGUCGCGACCCCCAAGUGCUACUAGCAGUCGUGGAAGUCGUCGUUAAUUAAAUAAGAGAAACAACACCAUUUUAUGGAUUUACUUUAAAAGUUUAUUUCAUGAUUUAAAAAUAGACAAUUAUAUCUAAGAAUAUAUAAUGAUCCAACAAAUAAUAUAUACACUGAAACAUACAAUUAGAUUACUUUUGUAAAUAACCACAAAAUUUUAAUAAUAUUCUUACUGUGUACAACUUUGUUCUAUUUAUUCUAUUGAUUUGGUCAGUGAUAGGAAAAAUGUAGACCUCAACAUCUGAAAACCUUGCUUGACAGACACGAAAGUGAGAAACACCAGUAUUGUCAGAAGGAUGAAGUAACUCCUCAAAAUAUUCAACAUUAAAUAAAUCAUAAGUAAAAACUUAAUGAGAAAGAUACUGCAUAAUUAUUAUAUUUAAAAAAAUACAAAUACUCUUUUGGUUUAUUUGAAAAGAAUCUGGGUUGAUAUUUUAUUACUGAAAAUGAAUCAAGAAGCUUUGAUUAGAAAUCUACAGUAUAGGCCCUGCCUGAUAUUCAUGAAUAUUUCAGUACAGCUCAUUAACAUUAUAAAGUAACUAUUACUGAUAGUUAAUACCAGUUAUCAAAUUAUAACUGACAUUUUGUGUGCUGGGAGAAAUCAGAUAAAUAUGAGUUUAAUUAAUUACAGCUCUAAAUACAAGAUUCACAGUCCAGAGGUAUAAUACCAGCCAAGUAUAUUUGGUGGUUGUGGGUUCGAUUCCUGUCUGUGUCACUUUGAUUAUUUCCAUUGUACUGUAAUAUAAACAUUAAACGUUGAUUUGUAUAUUAUGUAGUAUAUCUAUGUAAAUCUUACAAUGGAAUAUAUGUGGCAAAAAUAAGCCAAACCAGUCACUCCUCGCAACAAAUUGAUUUUUAGUUAUUAAUGGUUAAUUAAUAAAAUGAAGUUAUAAAAUGGUAAAAACAUUUUUUAAAUACAUUUCGUUAUGAAUUUAUAGGAGUUUUUGAGAAAUCAGCCUGUUUACGAUUUUUGGACACUCCUCAGGUAGAAAAUCACCACCAAAACCUUAAAAAAUGUUGUUUUAAUGUUGAUAAUGGGGAAAAUAACAAUCCAUGAUGUAUAGAUAUAUAAAUUUUAGUUUAGUGUAAUAAAAUAUAUUUCAAAAACUGACAUUCCAACAUGUUUUGGCUAUUGUCUUUGAAAGACGAUUUGUUAGGAGUGACUGGUUUGGCUCGUGUUCGCCUCAUAUAGUGAAGUUUGCGAUCAUUAAUAUUAUGUUGAAUGAUGUUAAAUUAAAAUUUCAAAAGUUUGUAACUAUA